AUGAACAAUACAGCUUCUAGAACUUUUGAUAGUAAUGGUCAAAUCAAGACUGAUGGAAAAGCUCCUGAUUACUCUGAAUAUGACCACGGACUUAGCGACAAUCCAGAUCAUUUAGAAACAUCUGAUUACUCUGAAUUCUCUGGCGAUGACAACCAGUCUUUCUCAUCCCCUUCUGAUGGCGCUUCUGAUUCUGAAAAUGUUGAUAACAUAACACCCAACCUCUUGCCUCAAGAUAGACGUGCUAAGAAACUAGUAGAGGGGCUUCUUAAAUCUGGUCACAAAGGUCCUGAAAUUCUUGCUAUUCUUUCCCAGAAAUAUGGAAUUAAACUGCUACCUCAAACUUUCUCUUGUAAAAGAAAGGAAUGGGCUCUCCGAAGGUGUGAUCUUGGCCCUGCCCCUAUUCCUGUCCCACUAUCUCCAGAUAUACGAGCAUCAAUUUUCUCUUCUCAAUCCAAAGGUUUGAACCUGAAAGAGAUGCAAGCACACUUGUAUAAAGAGACUGGAGUUAAUGUACACUGUUGUACAGUACAACGCUACUUGAAGAAACUCGGCAUCCAAUUACUUCCAAACGAUCUUCUGAACGGCAAGAUUACAAUUGAUCAAGUAUUUGCUGCGAUAAACGAUGCUCGAGGAAAUCUUCUAAAGGAAAAUACGGGAUAUCGCAGGAUGAGGAUGAUACUCAUGAGGCAUUAUGAUAUUAGAAUUCCCAGGUGA